AUGGGAGAGCUCUCAGGGCUAUCAUUGCCGGGCGAACAUGAUAGCAAGGUCCAAGGCCAAGCAUCAGAAGCAAUACAACAUGAUCUGGCACAUACCUUGUCAAAAGGGAGAAAAUACGCUCUGCUAGCGGUGUUCUCAAUGGGGUUGUUCAUGGAUGUCGUCGGUUUCUCCGUCUUCUUCGUCAUGGUCAGUUCCACUGCGGAGGAUUUAGGCAUUAGCACGGCGGAAGAGACAUGGAUCAUUACCAGCUACGGGGUGACAUUCGCGUCGUUCUUGCUAUUUUGGGGAAGAGUAUCAGAUCUAUAUUCACCCAAAUUAGUGUUUACUUUCGGCUUCAUCGGAUUGGGCAUCGCAAGCAUCAUCAUCUCGUUCUUGACCAAUCCAAUCGCGUUCUUCGUGUUCAGAGCAAUAAGCGGGCUCUGCGGUGCUUGUCUGGUUCCAUCGUGUUACCGUCUAAUUACGUCCAUCUUCACCAAAGAAGAGCUUUCAUUCGCUUUCACGGUGUAUGGUAUCACUGGGUCUAUAGCCAAUUCAUCUGGUGUGGUCAUCGGAGGAGCUCUUUUGCAGAUCCCUGGUACUGGGCAGCUGGUAGGUUGGCGUUGGUACUUUAGAAUUGCAGCGGCUCUCAUCCUGCCAGCAGCAACCUUAUCCUUCUUUCUCAUACCCAAGGCAAGAGGUGAGAAUGCCGCUUCUCAUUCCAAGUUAAAGCGGAUGGAUCUGCUUGGUGUCUUCCUCAUUCUCUCCGCUUCCUUACUCUUGAUCGUCGGCUUGACACUCGGCGCAUCCCGUGGAUUCAGCAGACCCUCGUUCUACGUCCCACUCAUCAUCUCUUUCCUACUAUACCCGUCGUUCUUCCUAUGGGAAAGACGGCUUCAAGAUGGUUUCGCUCUUAUCCCCUCGCGCACCUGGCACAAUCCAAAUUUCCUAUUGUGGUCGCUUCUUGCGUUACUGGUUUACGGAUGGUGGGCUGCAGAAUUCGUCGCUCAGGCGGAAACGUAUAUGCAAGUGCAUGAUGAUCUUCCGAUCAUCGCGGGUAUAAGGCUGUUGCCACAGGGAAUUACCGCAUUUAGUAUGAGUUUGGUGCUGAUCAAAUACCCCGCUAUAUCCACUAAACCUCGCUUCGCAGUCAUCGGCGGUUUCAUCGUCUCCAUUGUAGCAUACGUGCUUUUUAUUCUUGGCGGGGCGAGAGUCGGUUCAGACUAUUGGAAAUUCACGUUCCCAGCGUCCAUCAUUGGUUCACCCGCGAUGCAAAUCGUGAUGAAUAGUUGCAACGUCUGUGCAAUGAUGUCAGUCGAUCCUCAUGAAUUUGGAGUAGCGGGUGCGAUAUUGCAGACCUCGUUCCAGAUAGGUUCAACGGUAGCUCUAUCCAUUCAAUCUGGUCUAUUAACGGUCUAUCCACAGUCAUACUUCGAUAUACGGAAUAUCCGCGCCUCGUGGUAUUUCAUGCUUGGAUGGACCGUCGUGUGGACAAUUGUGUUUGCGGUUCUGUAUCGACAGCCGAAGGGGAGAUUGUCUGGGACGAUAGCGUCUCAUUAG